UUUACAAGGGCAUUAAAGAGUUGAACGAACAUUCGACAUUAAACAAACGCGGACAGAGGAUCGAAGAAUAGAAAGUAAGAAACGGAUUCCAAUACAAUUUUUCACCAUAAUUCUUGUAAAAGGUUUAGGGUUUUCAAAUUGGAUUCGGGGGGAUUAAGGAAUGGCAGGAGAAGGGGCCAUGUUCAAAUUCCUCAGGCCUAAGUUCCGUCCACAGCCCACUGACAUCCAAGCCGCCGCCUUCUGGGGCGUCGCUGCCACUACCGGUGCUCUUUGGCUCAUACAGCCAUUUGAUUGGUUGAAGAGGACCUUUUUGGAGAAACCAGAGUCUGAGUAGAAGGGAAUGAGUCGACAAAAUCUUGCAACUCAUUGUGAUUUUGUUAAUCAGGUUGCUGAUAAGGGAAUCACGGGCAGAAUGGAAUUUGAAUAAUAACAAUAAUAAUAGUAAUGUAGUGUAAUUUUGUGGUUUAAUUUUAUGAGAACGAGGCCUCUUUGGCAUAAAUUCCUGGGAAGUGCUUUUCCCUCUUGAGUUUGUAAUGUUUUCUCUUCUUUCAUUAGACAAUUUCGGAAUUCGUGCAUUUAAAUUGUUCGUUGAGAUUCUGCUUUAGUGCUUUGGAUGUAAAUCAAAAGGGAAUCCCAUUGGAUAUGAAUAAAUGGAUAUGAUUAGGCUUUUAUGGAGUAUUUUUGUAAGGUGGUUAGAAUUCAUACUCGCAAUAGCCAGUUCAAUAAGCAGCUUUGAGUUCUUUUGAUGCAUGCCAAAUCUCUAGAGAAGGCCAAAAGCAAUAAACAAAAGUUGAAAGCAAAGGAAUUCAAUUGAAUCAGCAGCAAUGUAUAGCAAAAAAGAUAGAGAAAAGAAUAGGAAAGCUGAGAAAGAAAAACAAAAGAAAUACCUGAAAACAAAUUAAGGUAGAAUUUGGUUGCAUUAAGAAGGUGUUAUAAGGAGAAAUUUUUCGAUUUGAAGGAGGAACAGAGGCAGACGAAUUGCGACCGCUGCAACACUGCAACUCACGCGCCACUUGCGAGUUGCCAAAGUCGGCAACUCGAACUCGAAGAUAAAUUUUGUUUUGUUUUAUGCUUCUACGAAAGCUAAGGCGUGGCUAAGGCUAAAGACAACAGUGCCAAAACAAGGCUUUUUCUCUUAUUGGUCUGUCAUUUAUUUUACUAACAGCUUCAGGAAGUGAAUUACCAAAAGACCCAGACGGUUGUCUUCUUUCCUUUUCCUUCGUCUCUAUUUCCUUUCCUCCCUUUUAACUAGAGUCGGAGAAAAACCCUAACAAAAAGAUUUUCUGAAAAAGGAACUAUUUGUUUUGGGGUUUUUUUUGGGUAUAGAAAGGAGAAGCAAUGAAAGGAGGCAGGAAGAAUCUAAAGAGGGCUGCAAAAGACCAAAACUUGAUCCUUCAAAAUGGCCAAAGCAUUAUGCAAGUGCUGUCUCUAAGGGGAUCCAAUCUCAUUGAGGUAAUGGAUGGUCGAGGAGAGAAAUCACUUGCAUUAUUCCCAGCUAAGUUUCACAAGAGCAUUUGGAUAAAACGAGGGAAUUUCGUUGUAGUUGAUGAAAGUGGAAAAGAAAAGGCACUUGAGUCUGGUAGCAAGGUCGCAUGUAUUGUUUCUCAAGUUCUGUUCUAUGAACAAAUUCGUUCACUACAGAAAUCUCCAGAAUGGCCUGAAAUUUUCAAACCCACAAAUCUGGAUGAUUCAAUCGAAAACGAUGGAGGUACCACCUCAGAAUAUUUGCAGCAAGAAGUGAAGGAUGAGUUUGAGUCAAGUGAUGAUGAUGGACUUCCCCCACUAGAAGCUAAUCUGAACAGAAUCAAGCCAUUUGAGUUGCAAUCAGACAGAGAGUCAGACUCAGGAUCUGAUACAGAUUGAUCAAUGAUUAUAACAUACUAAUAUAAACAAAUCCUGCAAUUUUUACCGUUCACCUCUCAUGUCAAAAAAUGACAUGAGGUGGACACUAAUAGUACCCAAAAGUUCUGAAGUCUUCAAAUUUGUGUCAGCUUCUUGUAUUCUAGUUUUUUGGUGCUUUCCCAUGUAGGUAAAAGAAAAUAGCUGACAGCAAGGGUUCGUUCAUUUUGUUUAAAGUUUAAACUCACAUCUUGCUCAUUUUGCAUGUCUUGAAUUUUCAUUUCAAAGUACCAGCGAUUGAGUUAUGAAUGUAAGUUGCUUUAAUAGUAUUAGGUUGAAGCAGAACCUUUUGUUGAUGAAACAUACUUGUUAAAGCUUCUGAAUUCCGAUGCAACACAUGAUCCGAUAGCAUAUCCACUAAAUCAUCGGAUAAAAUGGGUUUAAUUGGGAGCAGGAGCCAGCCAAAAAUGGGUGCUUUUUAAGAUCGGGAUUGCUGUCUGGUUCAGUUUAUGGAAUGAUUUUUUUACUGCAAAAGUCAAGUGUUUGAUUUUUAAAACUACAAUAAUUUUAUGCGGUAAGAUGA